AUGAAGAAAAAAGAGCAUGCUGAGGAGGAAACCAAAGCAGAGCUGCAGCCAUUGGAGAUCUACAGCAGCACCAAGAGCAAUAGAAGCAGCACAGAGAACCAGCCAAGCUGCAAGGAAGACUUGAGUCCCCGCGGCCGCCCUCGCGCCGCGGCUUCGCCUUGCGCGGCUUGUGCGCACGUGCCCGUUGCCGGCGCAUCCCUGGGCUCUGGCGGUGGCCCCUGCUUUUUCGGGUCCCAGCCUCGCUCUUGGCUGGCGUUGGAUUGUUGUCACUCCGGCGGCGGAGCUCGCCCGGGCGUGGUAGCGCGGAAGAUGCUCCCGCUGCGCCUGCUCUCGGUGGCCGUGGUCCUCUGCGCUUUCGAGGGGGAGGCCAAGUUCGGGGAGAACGGCGCCAAGAGGCGGCGGUGUUUGAACGGCAGCCCCCCCAGGCGCCUCAAAAAGCGGGACAGGCGGCUGCUGCUCCUGGAGCCCCCCAACGGCGCGGAGCUGGCCUGCCGGGGCUUCUACCCUCGCCUGUCCUGCUGCCCCCGGCCCGAGAGCCAGGGCUUGUUGCAGAUGUCGGAGAACAAGAUCUUUUCUGUUACCAACAACACAGAAUGUGUGAAGCUGCUGCAGGAAAUCAAAUGUGCACACUGUUCACCGAAUGCUCAGAAUCUGUUCCACUCAACUGAGAAAGAAGCAUUGGAAAGAGAACUAGUCCUUCCUUUCCUGUGCAAGGAAUAUUGUAAAGAAUUCUAUUACACUUGCAGAGGUCACGUACCAGGUUUCCUCCAAACAACGGUUGAUGAAUUUUGCUUCUACUAUGCAAGAAAAGAUGGUGGAUCAUGCUUUCCAGAUUUUCCAAGAAAACAAGUUCGAGGACCAGCUUCUAACUAUUUGGACCAAAUGGAAGAAUAUGGCAAAGUGGAAGAGAUAAGCAGGAAACACAAACACAACUGCUUUUGUAUUCACGAGGUUGUAAGUGGCCUGAGGCAGCCUGUUGGAGCAGUAAACUGUGGAGAUGGAUCACAGCGCCUGUUCAUCCUGGAGAAGGAGGGAUAUGUAAAGAUUUUUACACCUGAAGGAGAUAUAGUCAAGGAACCAUUUCUGGACAUACACAAACUUGUUCAAAGUGGAAUCAAGGGUGGAGAUGAAAGAGGGCUGUUAAGCCUGGCAUUCCAUCCCAAUUACAAAAAAAAUGGAAAGCUGUAUGUGUCUUAUACCACCAACCAAGAGCGAUGGGCUAUUGGGCCUCAUGACCAUAUUCUUAGAGUUGUAGAAUACACAGUGUCCAGAAAAAAUCCACACCAGGUUGAUAUGAGAACAGCAAGAGUUUUUCUAGAAGUAGCAGAGCUACACCGAAAACACCUUGGAGGACAGCUGUUGUUUGGCCCUGAUGGAUUUUUAUACAUAUUCCUUGGUGAUGGAAUGAUUACUAUUGAUGAUAUGGAGGAAAUGGAUGGGUUAAGCGAUUUUACAGGCUCUGUGUUGCGCCUGGAUGUAGACACUGAUUUCUGCAAUGUGCCUUAUUCCAUACCACGAAGCAACCCACACUUUAACAGCACUAACCAGCCUCCUGAAAUUUUUGCUCACGGACUCCACAAUCCAGGCAGGUGUGCUGUGGAUCGUCACCCAACUGAAGUAAAUGUUAAUUUAACAAUACUUUGUUCAGACUCCAAUGGAAAGAACAGGUCCUCAGCUAGGAUCUUACAGAUAAUAAAGGGGAAAGAUUAUGAAAGUGAGCCUUCGCUUUUAGAAUUCAAACCGUUCAGUAGCGGACCAUUGGUUGGGGGAUUUGUAUACAGAGGCUGCCAAUCUGAAAGACUUUAUGGAAGUUACGUGUUUGCAGAUCGUAAUGGAAACUUUUUAACACUUCAGCAGAGUCCAGUAACCAAACAAUGGCAAGAGAAACCAUUAUGUAUUGGCAACAGUGGUUCAUGUAGAGGUUUCUUUUCAGGACAUAUCUUGGGAUUUGGCGAUGAUGAAUUAGGUGAAGUUUACAUCUUAGCAAGCAGUAAAAGCAUGACACAGUCUCACAAUGGAAAACUUUAUAAAAUAAUUGAUCCCAAAAGGCCUUUAGUCCCAGAAGAAUGCAAAAUACCAGCUCUUCCUGCCCAGAUACUGACAUCUGAAUGCUCAAGGCAUUGUCGAAAUGGGCAAUGCACUCCCACCGGAAAAUGUUGCUGCAGUCAAGGCUGGGAAGGCGAAUUCUGCAGAACUGCAAAAUGUGAUCCGGCAUGUCGACAUGGAGGUGUCUGCAUACGACCAAACAAAUGUAUGUGUAAAAAAGGAUAUCUUGGCCAUCAGUGUGAACAAGUGGAUAGAAACAUCCGAAGAGUGACAAGGGCAGGUAUUCUUGAUCAGAUCAUAGACAUGACAUCAUAUUUGUUGGAUCUAACCAGCUACAUUGUAUAGUUUCCAGGACUAUUUGGAUACCACAUUUUCAAUGGGCAUUUAUUUUUGAACCUUCUCUUUUCUAAAACAAAAGACUGUUGCCCUGCUUUUUUAACUCCAGUGAUUCCAUUGGGAUUGUAGAGCUGCCUUAACAUUUUCAGAGAAGCAGAAACGUAUGAUUCACGCACAAACAUCCGGUUGCAUAACUAGUGGAAUAUUGAAAUUAUAUUUCCUCAUGUGAAGUAGUUUACACAGAAAUUCCACUGUUAGCCACAAAGAACUUUUAAAUGAUGUCACCACGAAUUAUUUGAUGUCCCACCAAUUUUAUAUCUGUAACUAUUUGAUUAUAGCAAUUAGAGAGGAGUUUUGAAAUUGUUGAAUAUUAUUACAAAUUAAUUUUAACCAUUGGUUAAUGUACAAAAAAUGGCAGGUUGGUUCACAUGAUGAGUUGCUGCCCAAUUAAUGUUAUGAUAAAUUCAUUGCCUUUUUUUUUCUUCCAUUGGAAGCUAUUGUCUAAAUAGGAUUAAAAGGCUAUUGUGGUAACAGCUGUCACGUAGUGGAAGUUUCAGAUGACCAAGCUAUCAUAUGAAAAUUGCAGUCAUCAGAGGAAGAUGAGUGCAUAUAAACAUGUGAACAAUAGCCUUGUGAUCCCUCCCUAUCUGUCUAAGGCAAUAUUUCAGAACUCCUUAAUGCAUUCUUAUAUAAACAAUUCAUUGUAAGAUUGUAAUCUACACCUUUAUCAAUGUAACAGAAUGUUAUGCACUUAACUACUUUACCUGGCAUAGAUGCAAAAAUAUGGCUGUUGCAGCUAAAUUUCCACACUGUUUCAAGUUCUUAAUAAUUAAAUUAUAUCUGCAUAUUUUAAAAACCAGUCAUUCUAAAAGGUCUGCUUUUUAUUGAAUAUCUUAUUUAACAAUGGGCACUGGGCUUGUGUUACAUAUUUAUAUUAUUUUAUUUUAUUUUAUUUUUUUAUAAUAUAGACGUCACCUAGAUGAGCAGCUUUGCCAUGUCCUGUAAAAUACUAAAGUUACAUUUUCUCCAACUUAAUUGGAAUGACGGGGAGUGAAAGAGCAAACACACUCUUUAAUGUGUUGUGGACCUAAUAUAGAAAUGUAUCCUUGUGACAACAUUUGUUCAUAAUCAACGGAGAAUCAGCACCAAUCAAACAGUCACUGUAAUGUUUAGAGAAUUCUUUUCACUAUAUUACGACUGGUCUGUUUCUAUUUUAUUAGAAUCUAUUGCAGAAUGCACACUGAACAGAACUUCACUGGAUGGGUGCUCACUUUAGCAAGCCUUGUCUGUGCAAGAGGAUACUUGUACAAAUCAUUAAAAUUAUGAUUAUUGCCAAAUAUGGUGAAAAUGUAAAUGUUUCUUUGGGAGUUAACAGAAUACUGUUUCCUUGGUAUUUGUAAAUGUAUCAAUAAAUUCGGUGUACAUGCUGUAUUCAGAAUUGUAAAAGUAUUCGUAUUUGAACUAUAGGAUCAUCUUGAGAAUUUAAAAACAUUUUUUGUGCAAUACUUGUGGCCUGAUCUGUGUGUGCAUAAUUACAAUUUAUGUCAA